ACGUAGUCCCGGCGAGGGGGUCAUGACCCCGGACGUCAGCAGCCGGCGCGCAGUUCAGUUUGGUGGUCUCGGAUUUGCAGUCAAACUGGGGCGUGAUGUGGUCCCGAAUGAACCGAGCUGCCGAGGAGUUUUACUCUCGUCUCCUGCAGGAGUUUGAUGAAGAAAAGAAAGGAAUCCAUAAAGAUCCAUUUAUCUAUGAGGCUGAUGUUCAAGUGCAGUUGAUCAGCAAAGGCCAACCAAAUCCUUUAAAAAAUAUUCUAAAUGAAAAUGAUGUAGUAUUCAUCAUGGAGAAAUUGCCUUUGGACAAGGAAGAAACAAGUCAUGUUGAAGAACCACAAUGUGAAGAAACGGUUAUUUCUGAUUUCUCUACUGGAGAGAAUGUCGGACCACUUGCUUUACCAGUUGGGAGAGCAAGGCAGUUAAUUGGACUUUACACCAUGGCUCACAAUCCUAAUAUGACCCACUUGAAGAUUAAUCAUCCAGUUACUGCCCUUCCUCCCCUGUGGGUAAGGUGUGACAGUUCAGAUCCUGAAGGGACCUGUUGGCUGGGAGCUGAGCUUGUCACCACAAAUAACAGCAUUACAGGAAUUGUCUUAUAUACAGUCAGUUGUAAAGCUGAUAAAAAUUACUCUGUAAAUCUUGAAGACCUGAAAAGUUCACAUAAGAAAAGACAUCACUUAUCUACGGUAACAGCCAGGGGCUCCGCCCAGUAUGAGCUCUUUAAGUCCACAGCCUUGGAUGAUACACUUGCUGCAUCACAAACUACGAUCACUUUGGAUAUUUCGUGGAGCCCUGUGGAUGAGAUUCUUCAAACCCCCCCACUUUCUUCAACUGCAGCUCUGGUAAGAGUGAACCCUGUUUUGUGUAGAGUUUACUCAGUGUGGAUUUACUUUUAA